GGGUGAAGCCACCAUCACCAUGUCUGACCAGGAAGCAAAACCUUCAGCUGAGGACUUGGGGGAUGAGAAGGAAGGAGAAUACAUUAAACUCCAAGUCAUUGGACAGGAGAACAGUGAGAUCCACUUCAAAGUGAAAAUGACAACGCAUCUCAAGAGGCUCAAAGAAGCAUACUGUCAAACACAGGGAGUGCCAGUAAAUUCAGUCAGAUUUCUCUUUGCAGGUCAGGGAAUUGCUGGGAAUCACACUCCAAAAGAACUGGGAAUGAAGGAAGAUGUGAUUGAAGUUCAUCAGGAACAAACAGGGGGACAUUCAAUGAUUUAGAUAUUCUUUUUUUUUUCUUUACUCUCAAUCCUUUUUUAUUUUUAAAAAUGUUUUUUUUAUAAUGUAGGUGUUCAACACAGACUGGAAAACGGGCACCCCAUCUCUUUAAAACAUCUGAUGAUUUGAA